AGUUUUCAAACUACGGUUUUUCUCUUCGUCUUAACUACGUUUUCCUUUGUUUUUACUGUGAAAUAGCUCUUGUAUCAAACGUCUUCUAAUCAUUAAUUAUCCCCUCGAAAAAACUCCACGCUUCUUUUAACCCUUUUCAAGAUCGAUACUGUGUUGAUCAACAAAAACUUUGUUGUGCCCAGUCUCUCUCAGAAAGUGUAAGACAGAAAUAUAUGCAUCAAACGUGCGGUUUUCCUUGACACCUAAGCCUAACACGCCUCACGUGACUAAGAAUUUCCACAUUCGUUUUGUACUGAAAACUCUUACCUACUUUCAGCUCCUACAUUAGAUCUUGUCUGACGUGAACAGUAAAUUGGGUCUGCAAACCAUUUCGGUGACCUCAUUCACAAUAACAAAACGUUUUUUUUUUUAAAUUAUUAUUAUUGUCUUCGUUCCUCCUAAACACACCUUCCCUCAAAAAAACAAAACAAAUAACAAUAUUUAGGAAAACUGUCUCUCUUGUUACUGUUUCACCCAACAUCACAGAUUUCUUUAACAUCUACGAUUUUGAAUCACACUACCAAGACAUCACUUAUUUAAUAUCUUAUUCAAAAAAUAAAAGUGUUUUCGACAAUUAAUUCUUCUUGUUUUCCUUUUUUUGGUUUUCCUACUUUCCUUUUUCUCCUCUCGAUUUGUGCCCGAUUCUUUUCAUUGCGAUCGAGCAGCGAAGUUUCUCUUUUUUUAACCGCUCCGUUUACCCACACCGACCUUUUUCUUCUUGAGAGGGAAAAGAAAGACGCCAUAAAGAAAGGAAAACAUAAAACAGAAACUACGCCGCUCUCUUUUCGUUUCAGACUGUGGACAUCACAAUCCUCUUCUCUCCUCAGUAAAGCUUGAACUCGAGCAGCAGAAAACUUUGCACCACAGCAACACACAAAGUAACAUCGUUCUUUCGGCUUCGAACGGUUCAGUAAAACGUGAUCUUUUUUUCUUCUCUUUCUCUUUUUGUUUUCUACUUGUUUUCAACAGACAGUAGCUACUAAGAGAGAGAUCCCUUUUUCACUUCUGUUCUCGUAGAACUGGCGUACCAACAGAAGCGCAGGCAGGAUAUUUAGCUUCCGUGUAUUGCAUCUUCAAGAACGAAAAUACAUUACAACACCUUGCAAAACGGGGAAAAAAUGGCGGUGACCCUUGAAAAUAUUCUCCUGUACACGGCAGCAGCCAUUUUUGGCUUUUGCUGCCUGUUUGCCUACAACUCCUUCCUCUCUUCGCCCUCCUACCUGGAGCAUUACUUCCAGUUCGCGGCUGUCAAGUACACCAACGAUGUCAGCACGCUUCCGGAUGCCAAGACGCCGUCUUUCUGGAACAACAUCUCAACCUGGGUGACCGUGCUGAUGAUGGUGCCCAUGUUUUUGAUGCAGUUCGCAAUGCUCUCGCCUUGGGUGCUUCGCCAAAAUGUGCAGAUUCGUAUGAUCAUCGGUGCCUUUUUCUCGCUGGUCUCCGUGCUGCUGGUGCCCGUGACCGCUGCCAGCGGUGGCGUGAGCGAGGGCUCCGCGAUGGCUGUCCUGAUCAUCGCGUGCCUGCUGUGCGGUGCAGCCACCACUACGCUCGAAUCGGCGUUGUACGCCUUCUUCGGAUCGCUGCCCACGCGGUACAUGACGGGCUUCGUGAUGGGAGGCGGCUUCUCUGGCAGUAUCAACUCCGUUAUUCGCAUUGUGAUUACUGUCGGUUUGCCCCCGACCUUCAGCGGUGUGAAGACAAGUGCGGUGAUCUUCUUCACUAUCGGCAUGGCGCUGAUGGCGCUGACCAUCGCCAUCGUGCUCCUGUUGCGUCUGAGCCCGUUUGUGCGCUCGUACGUUCCGGACUACCGCCGUCCCGAGGAUGUGGCGCGCUGCGCCCACACCGAAGCGGCCGAGAAGUUGCGCUUGCACGAGCUGAGUUUGGACGCCGACAACGUGGGCACAUCCGGUGCUCAUGAGACCCCCAUGAACGCCGAGGAGACGAUGAUGACAACGGCGGGCAUCGAGAAGACGCAUCAGGAUGCCAUGGCUGAUUCGCAGGGUCUCCCAGAGGUCGCAGUGGGGGACAACGGCGAGCCGGCUGGGUCGGGGAGCGACAGCAACCGUGUGAUUUCUCCCGCGAACGCGGAGGCGACCGCGGCGGAGGAGGAGGAACAUCAGGCGAGCGUGAUUGCCGUGAUUCGCAAGAUCUGGGUGAUGAUGAUCUGCCUGACUGGCAACAUGUUCACGACGCUGGUGCUCUUCCCCGGCAUUGGUCUGAACGCGAUGCAAGUGUCCAAUAAGUCGUCGAGCUCGUCGAGCGGUGAUGAGAAGACAUGGGGUGCGGAGGCAAUCAUGCCGAUGAUCAUUAUUCUGAUGUUCAAUGUCGGCGAUACGAUUGGCCGUCUGUCGAUUAACUUCCGUACGAUUUGGGUUCCUCGGUUUAUCGUGCCGUUCGUUGUGGUGAUUCGUACGAUCGUCUGCGUGAUCCCGCUCGCGCUGGGCGUGUGCACCCCGAAGGUGAUCAACUCGAAUGCGAACCCGAUUGUUGUGUUUCUGGUGCUUGGCAUCACGGGCGGUUAUCUGGUCGGUCUGACGAUGGCGUACGGCAGCAGCGACCCGCGACUGACGCCGAAGGAGCGCGGUAUCGCUGGCGCGUGCCUGUGCUUUGCCCUGCUUGUGGGUACCACUUUUGGCUCCGUGGUCAGUCUGAUCGUGGUGACGCAGGCGUUUUAG